AGUGCAUCUUCUCCUACUGACUUAAGUAUCGUUCGCUGAGCGAUGAACACCUGCGCUCUCUUCUUCGUGCUGUGUGCUGCGCGAGGCGUAGUCGUGCGCCGUUUCAAAGUUGGUUAAAACAAUCACGGUAUAUGGACAGGUUUCGACCUGUCUUUGCGUACAACAGCUUUGUCUGCUGGGAGCUUUCAAGAGCCAGUCUCUCGCAACUUGCAACAAACACACUCUAGACUUACUAGACGUAGCUUACACGUGCGGAAUAUAAAUAAAAAUAGUACAAUUGCGUUUUCUGACUUAUCUUGAUCUAUAUUUGUCUAGUUUAGAGAUAAAUUGUGAUCAAAAUCAAUAAAUCAGUAAAUUCUAGACAAUAUUGCGCCGCAAAACUAAACCAGGUAGUAGGUUAUUGCCCCACCCCGACUGGAAGCACUUGCAGGUUGGCGUAAAAGUGUGAAAUCAGGUCUCGGAACAGAUUUCCGCAAAAAGCUGCCCUCAAAUAAACUUACCCACACGGAGUAAAGUGAAUUUUCGGUACGAAAAACCCGCCCAGAGUUCCCCUCGCUCUAAAAGCUCAUUGGUUGUGGGACCCUCGGAAGACCAUCGACGAACACGCACGACCGCCGCUCGAGUGCAUCCGCUAGGCGUUUUGCAACCAUACAACCCCCCACCUACAUCGGGCUUUUCACGUUCGAACAAGUUGUAACUUGUCCAGCGUCGAGGCAGCGUGGAAAGUUCAAACCACGUCCGACUGUCGUCAGUGCCGGUCGACUCUCUCCUGAGUUGCGCUCUCGCUACGAACACGCGUUUUAAUCCACGUUCGACGUCUAUCUAGCGUCAGUCCGUCUACGAACUUAGUUCCAACAACAACAACAACUUCAACCGAGUGACAAUCGAUUCGUUUGCAACUGUUUGAAAUCAAAUAAAUAAACCGAGUGGGUUCGGGAAUUAUUUCUUAAACAUUUGUGCGGCGAAAACUUAUUUUUGUGCUCUGAAUUAAUUCAAAGUUUGCGCAUCAAGGAAAUAAAAACAUAGUUCGCCGUCAUGGCUAUACCAUUUGUGUUGCCCAGUGAGGAUGAUCGAAGUGAAGCUGAACUCGAACAGCUCCUUGGCGAGCUCAUCGACAUCAAUCAGCAAAUUCAGAUCCUGCUACGAGCACGGAUGUUGAAUCGCGCCUCGAACUCUUCUGCAAUAAGAGUAUGUCCUUUGCCUCGACAUCAUCAACGAAACCACCAUCACCAACAUCAGCAAAACCCCGCCGCCGUGCAGCCGUCCAAUCUGCCCGAUCUCGUCCGUAGCAGCCAGCCAUCCACGACGCCCGCCGACGGCCGCCACCAACGCAUCAACACCGACGCCGAGGCGUCGUGUUGCUAUCACGCCAAAUUCACGACGCAUAUGCUCGCACAGGACAACGACGCCAGUGCGUUGCCGCUGAUGACCGCCACCGCGGAGGUGGACGUCGAUUGGAAGCAGGUUGGUGUCAUUGUGCGAAGAUUCGCUGAUAUUUUCAAGCAAGCAGAGAGAUUACCAUUCAUGCCACCAACGUUAUUAUGUUCAUCAACGUCGCAGUCACCGCCAUCUUGCCUGGUGGACGCCGAAACUCCCGCCAUCGAGGACAAGAGCCUGCUGUCGAAAAUCAUCCCAGCAACAACAUCCUCACGCUCCCUGUGGACAGCGGUGAUCUGCGUCGUCGGCUGGCACAUAUUCCGCGCCCGGUAAUUCACUUUGCACGUCAUGAACGAAACCAAUUCAUCCAAAGCUACCCAACAGUGAUGUUUCUAUAAUAUAAUAUCGAUAGCGUAAACCGUACACGGCGUAUGAUACGCCUAAUACUUUUUUUAUAACAUAUUUUCGUUACUACAGUAAUCAAUUCGUUCGGUGUGUUUAUUAUUUUUGAUAAUCAGUAAUUAACUUGAGUGUUCUAUCGAUUAGUAAGAUUGCGCGCAUGUGUCGCAUUAGGUCAUUUGCGCGAGGCCCGGCCAGGAGCGCGCGCCGUUUAGCAUUGUUUAAGUAUAAUUGUAUAUUUGUCAAAGUUCCAAAGAGAGCAGAGCUAAUCAAUCAAAUAGUUGAUCUCACAAUUGAAACGAAGCGUUGAAGGGAUGUAGUUGUGGAGGACGCGUUGAGCUCGAUGCACCCCCCGCCAUUCUCUCAGGAAAAACAAAACUAAUUAGAUAAAAGUAAAAAGAAAGCAUGAAUAAUUUUUCUCAGUUGUUUUUUUUUUCGUACGUAAUUUAGAUUAAUUUAUAUUAUCUUGUAUAUAUCUUUCUCAAAGAUAUAGAAAAGUAAGCAAAAUGAGAGUUAGAUUCAGAACUAGCCAAAGAAUGAUGAGGUGCCAAUUUGCACGCGGCUUUGAAACAGUUUCGCUACCAAUGAGUCUGAAUUCUGUUGUGUCUUAUGUUCAUUUUUAAUAUUUACGAUUUUUUUUUUAUAUUUUCGCGUAUUAUUUUUUUAUGGUAUUUGGCGACGUAGAAACGCGUCGCAGAAAAGUUUUCCAAUGAUCUCUGUAGUUAGAAUGCGCGUGCGGUGCGGCGAGGCUGGGCGCGUAAACCUCGAAAAACGUUACUGCCAACCCUGCCACCCCUGCCGACCUAAACUUUUUUUGUUCUGGGUGAAAACCUUGUAAAUUGUAAAUAAUUUGGUCGUGAUGCAUUGUGGCGGAAACGUCGGCGAGCGACUCGACGAAUCUCAAACACGAGUGCCUCCAUUAAGCGAAAUUUACAAAACAAAACAAAACGAAAUUCGUCCAAAAAAAUUAACUUAACUUUUAUCCAAUCGAGAUUUUAGACUUGUGACAAUGUGUUCAGGAGGCACGCGAGUUGAGGUGGCGUCGAAUCGUUGCUGUGCUCACAUUGCCACCAAAGAACUCGAAGUUCGCGUGGCCACACCAAUAUUGUCAAUGCGUGUUAAUAGCUUAACUUUUUUUUUGAUACACAAGAAAAUAUAUAUUUAAGUAGAAAUAUAUAUUAUAUAAAUAUAUAGGGAUACAUAUGAAGAUUCGUAUUAUAUGGAACGUAUAAAUAUAAAAGCGCUGAUAUUUUAAAUGAAAAUUUUAAAGCAAUUGUAUUUUUUAGUUUGUAAGUAGUAGAGUAGCGUAAGUAGUUGCGUGUGUAGACCGCUCUUCAAAGCGUCUCUGUGAUUUGCCGACGUAUAAUCCUGUUACAAUUGAUCUCCGAAAUACAUUUUCCGACGUGCGAAAUGUUUUUUCAACGCGUAUAUAUAUAUUAUAUACACAUUAAUAUAAUUAUUGUUUUGUUUUUCGUUCCCUAGUCAGAGAGAUGAGAAGAUGCGGAUGCUGGUUGUUUGUUUGACUUUGGUCUAAAGAAUUUUUGUUUCAUUUUUAUUUUGUGAGAGGAAAAUGCGCGUAAUUAAUUGAGUUAUGAAUUGUGUUAAUCUAUGAUUAUUCUAUGCACUGAUUAUGCCAUAAUGAGUUGCGAGACGAGUUUAGUUUAUUUCGUGGUAUGAUUAUUGCCUUGUACAUUACCUGACAGAGCCUGGACCAAGGGCCCGGUGAAAAUUUGUAAACCUGCGCUUUCUGAACAAAUGAACCUGAACUUUUUGAAAUUUACAAACAUUAUAGAGAGAAAAAAAAACGAACAAAAACACAUUUAGAAUUUAUUACGUUUACGUACGUACGAAAGCGGGAGAAAAUUUUAUUGUUAAAGGCUAUGCACCGGCCCAUCCGUGAUAAAUGAACAACAAAAGUAACAAAAAUUGCCAACGGCAGACCAAUCUAUGAACCUAACGAAUAUUAAUUGAACUGCUUUUGAGUAAUCGACAUAUUUAUGAUUUUUGCAGUACACUACAUAGAAUCGAAUAAUAUGAAUGUUUUACUCGACAUAACCAUAAUAUAUUAUAUUUUUUGUGAUGUAUGGAAUAAGGUGACGCCGGUGAGGGAAGGCGAUGCCCACGAUUGUAACGUUUUUGUCUCGAUGCGUUAGGGACGAAACGCAAAUAUGAGUUAUUGUAAAUUGCCAUACUCACUAUCCACUACCAAUUGUCUUUCAAUAUUUGUAAACUUUUACACUUUUAUAAAGUUAAUUGGUUUUUCAAAUAAAUGUAAACAUGCCGAAGA